CAGUUCUGAUUAUUUAGUUAAACGGCGCUUAUUUACAACAAUGUCGUCUCAAGGAACCCCACAAAGGGUCCCACUGAUGGUCAUUGUUAUACUAAAAACCACAAGGAUUGGGAUACCUCUCUCUUUCAAAUCAUGUAGCAAACGAAUUUAUAUUUAAGUUGACAAAUGGAUUUUUCUUAUCAUUGUUAGUACUGGCCUGUCUCUUCUGACUGUACGUCACUGCUGUCAAAGACCUCAGGCUAUAUACCAACUUUUGAUGAUCCUCUGCGCGUUCGCGGAUCUCCACAGUGCGCGAUGGUAUGUCAGAACGCGCUUGUCACGGUAACGCGCACUCCAGUGGAGCUCCCAGCUAGACAUGGCGGCGGAUCCAAAGCCGGACUGGCUCUGCUGUCUUCCCUCUUCUUGGAGUUAUGGGGUGACUCGGGAUGGACGCAUAUUCUUCAUUAACGAAGAAGCAAAGAGUACAACCUGGCUGCAUCCUGUUACUGGAGAGGCUGUGAUCACAGGCCACAGGAAAACUCCAGAUUUACCAACAGGAUGGGAGGAAGGAUACACGUUCGAGGGAGCUCGCUGCUUCAUCAAUCACAAUGAAAGAAAGGUGACCUGCAAGCACCCAAUAUCAGGCAUCCCAUCACAAGACAACUGCAUCUUUGUUGUAAAUGAACAUGUGAAUAGUGGAACGUUUGGUUAUCAUGACACAGAAGCACUCGCCAGACCUGCUUUAAAGGGUUCAGCAGAGCAGGAAAGUUGCACUGACAAAAGAGAUCGUCCCAUGAGCAUCAUGAGUGAGGCCUCUAACUACACCGGUGGCUCAGAUUACAGCACCUUCCCUGGCAGCCCAGCUACCACUCUCACUACUGCCACCACCACCUCAUCUAUGAGGCCUUCUAGGUCGUCCAAAAAAGUCCACAAUUUUGGUAAGAGGUCCAACUCCAUCAAGAGAAACCUUAAUGCCCCGGUGGUCAAGAGAAACUGGCUUUAUAAACAGGAUAGCACGGGCAUGAAGCUUUGGAAAAAAAGGUGGUUUGUUCUGUCAGAUAUGUGCCUCUUCUACUACCGUGAUGAGAAAGAGGACAGCAUUUUGGGAAGUAUCCUGCUGCCCAGUUUUUACAUUUCCAUGCUGUCCGUGGACGACCACAUCAGCAAGAAAUAUGCCUUCAAGGCCACUCACUCCAAUAUGCGAACGUAUUACUUCUGCACAGACACAGCAAAGGAAAUGGAAUCCUGGAUGAAAGUCAUGACAGAUGCUGCACUUGUCCACACCGAACCAGUCAAAAGACUGGAGAAGAUGAACGUGGACCAGCAGACACCUCAGCAGUGGAAUAACCUGUUGAACCACGCAGUCUUUACGCAGCCUGAGAUCCAGAACAAUGAACGGAACAGAGAAUCUGUGCGGCAACAUUCACUUUCACGGGCUGAUGACAAACGUUUGAAAGACAUUGAAAAACCAAACAGCCAGAAGGACCGUGAGUAUUACACCCUACAGAGAGAUGGAGAAAAGUACUCUCUGAAGAAAGAUGGAGUUACCUACAAGCUUCAGAAAGAUGGAGACAGGUAUCUUCUCCACAAAGACGGGGAGCAAUACCUGCUUCGACAGGAUGGGGAGAAAUACUCGCUACAGAAGGAUAUGGAGAAUUACGCUGUUCAGAAAGUGAAUAAUAAAUACACAGUGACAUCAACAGAGGAGAAAUAUGCUCCUUCCAAAAAUGGAGAGAAGUUCCUACUCAUGACAGACAGAGAUAAUUAUGCUCUGCAGAAAGUUGGAGAUCGACAUAUUCUCCAGAAAGAUGAACAAAUCUCUGUUCCUCAGAAGGAAGUAAAACGACAAUUAUCAUUAAAGGAAACAGAAAGGUACAGCAGCAUGAAGGACACAGGAAACAAAUAUGGUACCAUACAAAUUGUGGAUAAAUAUGGCAAUCUGAAGGAAGUAAGGAAAUACAGCACACUACGCGAGGGGAAUAAAUACGCUGCUGUUACAGAUGCAGAGAAAUACGCUACAAUUCGUCCUGGGGAAAAGUAUCGCUUUCAAAGAGAUCCAAGUUCAGAAAGGUCUCUAAAUAAAAACAGCAGCAUCAAGCUGCAGCCCGCUCAGGCAGCUGCCAUUGCAGCUGUAGUGUCUGCAUCACGCCACAACCGGGCAAGCCUCAACGCCCAAAAACCUCUGCAAGUCAACAGCCCUGGCUCCAGACCCGGGGAACUGCCUGGGGACUGCAGCCAGAUAAAAGUCGAUGAGACUGUGGCCAGGCUUCCUUUGCAGUCUCCAGCUCCAAUCCAUGAGCCAGAUAGUGGCCUGCAUGGCACCAAAUCCAUACAGCUGGAGCCGAGGGUCCGAACUCACCGGACAAGAGAACUGGAUGAUGACACAUGCAAUGUUGUUUCAUACCAGACACUGCCCAGGAACAUGCCCAGCCACAGGGCACAGAUGGUGCCCUGCUACCCAGAGGGUUACCGCACACUGCCUCGCAACAGCAUGAUGAGGCCCGAAAGCAUCUGCAGUGUAGCAGGUUCUGUUUACGACCGGGCUCUCCGCCCAGUCUCCACCAUCAGCACAGCAGAGAAGUGGAAAUCAAUGAGAGAUGACACCAUGUGGCAGCUGUAUGAGUGGCAGCAGAGGCAGGCCUUCUCCAGGCAGAGCUUGGCCCAGCCAACAGCUGUGGGACAUUAUGGCACCCUGCCCAGCACAAAGACCAUGAGAAACAUCUCAGAGCAUUCUGUGACACACACCAUCUCCACCUCACCGUCUCACGGCUCCCUGGCGCUCUACAGUACCUUCUCACCUCCUCACCAGCAGGUUGCUCCUAAACCCAGCAGCUCACUCUCUGAGGUGUCCUCACCUGUCCUCAUGGGGGAUGGGACGUUGGACCGCCAGCAGAGGUCUCAUCUCAGCAAGUAUGGAUGUCCAUCUGACCGACGGUCCAUAGCAACCUGUGUCCCUCCUCAAACAAUAACGGCACAGUCUCUGCAAGGGAAGACGCCUGAGGAGCUGACAUUGCUGCUCAUCAAACUCCGCCGGCGGCAGGCAGAAAUCAGCAGCCUGCAGGAACAUACAGUAGCUCAGCUAAUGGCCCUGGGAAUAGAAGGGCCCAACGCCAAGACUGAUGUUCUCUCCCACCAUCUUCAGAGGAAUCUUAUUUACCUGGACAAGCAGACGAAGGAGAAUGAGCCUCUUAUCUUCAUGAUUCACACUAUGAUUGAGAACUCAGCGCCAAGGCCGCAACUCUACCAGCAAAUCAAUCCUGAAGAUUAUAAAGACAGCUGUUUAAACCAGUCUACAGACGAGGCCGAUGUAGAGACCAAGCUGAGCCGACUGUGUGAAAAGGACAAAGUACUGAGGAUGCAGGAAGAGAAGCUACAGCAGCUGCACAGGGAGAAGCACACUCUGGAAACUGCGGUGCUGUCGGCAAGUCAGGAGCUGGGUGAGCAGAGCAUCUCCAACACGGCGGCAACGCAGAGCCUUGUGCAGCAGAGAGAUGUUCUGCAAAGCGGCCUCCUUAGCACCUGCAGGGAGCUGUCCAGAGUCACCGCUGAGCUGGAGCGUUCCUGCAGGGAGUUUGAGCGGCUGGAGGCAGAUGUUACUCUGGCCAGGACCAACCUGCUGGAGCAGCUGGAGGCCCUGGGCAGCCCACAGACAGAACCUCCAAGUCAGCAACACAUCCAGAUCCAGAAGGAGCUUUGGAGGAUCCAGGAUGUGAUGGAGGCUCUGUCUAAAAAUAAACCUCAGCAGAGAACAGAGAGUGCAGGUUUUCCUGGUUCAAAGCCUCUCUCCAGUCAGCAGAAAAAUGAGGCAGUGACGCUGCUGCCAUUCCCCCCACUUAAAGAGGGCAACAGGGUACCUGCUCGCCCGCCCCUCCCUCAGUGCUAUGAGUCAUCAGAGCGCAUCCCUCAUGCCCCCCCCCACCACUCACAACCCGGCAGCCGAUCCCUCCACUGUCACCGCCCUGACGAGCGUAAGGCCAGCUCCAGGAAUGGAGCACACAGUCAAGCUCCAGACUACCGGCUGUAUAAGAGCGAGCCUGAGCUCACAACUGUGACGGAGGAAGGAGACGAGGCCAACGGUGAGGACAAGGACAAGACUGAGACAUCUACUGAAAGUAAAGACACUCCAGUGCCCAAAGUGCCCCCCUACCCGGUGGGCAUUGUCACUCCCAGGACUAAAUCGCCCAUGAGCCCCCCUGAGUCUUCCACCAUUGCCUCCUACGUCACCCUAAGAAAGACCAAAAAACCUGAAUCCAGAUGUGAUCGGCCAAGGAGCACAGUGGAUCAAAUUGGAUUUGGGGAGCGAGAAUUCAUCAGAACAAGGAUGAGUGUUGAGGAGCAACUGGAGAGGAUGAGGAGAAACCAGGAGGCAUCUUCACUCAGAGAGAAGAGGAGAGAAACACUUUCAUGCUCAUCCUCUUUCAGCAAAGAUAACCCCCUCCUCCACUUGCAGAGUCGGUCCCAGGCAGAAGGGGCCUGUCUAAACCCUGUGGAGCUUGAGACAGCUUUGCUGCAAAUAAAGGGACUAAAGGAGCAGAGCCGAACAACAUCAGAAGCAUCAGGAGCUAAAUCAGCAGAGGGGCCACCAACCUCACCACAGGUCUGUGUCACCCUCCACUAUCAGGAAGUACAGAGAACUGAGGGUGUAAAAGAUUCCAAGCAUGAAGAGGUGCAGCAGGAAAAGGCCACAAACCUGCUGAUUGGGAACCAGCCACCAGCCGAGAUCGACAAUGAGCUGUUUGAGAAACAGAGGGUGGUGAUUGUGGACCUCGGCACAGAGCCAAAGCAUGUAGAGUUUGUAAACUUUAUGCCUUUUGAAGAUGAGGAAAGCAAAGGCCAAGAUCUGACCAGCUCUCCUAUAAACACCACCACCACCAAAAACAGCUUUCAGAGACCAAGCCCUGAGCCCAUGGAAGAGGAAACAGAUGGAAGCCAAACUCCAAGCCAGGAGGAUCACCCUGGGAGGAGUCUUGAUUCAUACAAACAGCUGACUGAAGACAGCAAGAAACACAACAUCAACAACAACAUGUUGGCUGUGCAGACAUUUACCUUGGUUAGCAGCGACACGUGAGCAGCGCCAGCCUCAGUGUCCAAACCAACAUCCCAUAGAGCCCAAAUGUAGCCAGUCAACACAGAGCAUGUUCCACGGCUUUCGGCAUUCCCAACAAAACCACGUAGAGACUACUCCUACAUGUCCACACAGAGACUAACACUCAGUAGCAGAUCAAGUGAUGUUUUCAAGCAGGUGAACUGAUAUUUUCAAGCCUUUAUUUUUGUUAAUUAUGAAAAUUUUCUUAUUUCCAGCUAAAGAAAACAUGACAUUUUAAUACAGAAAUAUGGGCUUAAUGGACUGCAUAGGAACCCCUGCCCUGUUUGGGGGGUGUGUUGAAAAAAAUCAAGGUUCAUUUCUGAUCUUCUCAAUGUAGGGAACAAUUUGGUUGUAAUUAAGGUUUCUGAUUGUGUUUCUUAAGCCUUAUAUCAUUCACUGGUAUUGUUUAUGUCUAUUAGUUUUAACAGUAUUUAAACUUUAAAAGACGUUUUUUGACUCUCCACUGCCUGAAGGAGAAUACUAUUGAGACAUGUUUAACCUCCAAGGUUGAAAUUAAGUUCACGAUUAAAGACAACUUUACUAAUACCUACCGCUUUCAUUAAUGCCCUGCAGAGAAAUAACACAGAAGAAGCUCAGACAUUCUUUCCCUAAAUAACAUAUCUUAACAUCUAUACUUAUCCAAGACAGGGGAGGAUAUUUUCUGCAGUCUCCAUUUUGUAGUCUGUUGUUCAGACUACAAAAUGGUCAGAAUAGGUCCUCUUGCACAGGUAUUUAUAUCUCUUCAACUUCUCACAUUUUUGUCACAUUACGACCUUGAAGUUUAACUUGUUUUAUUGGAAUUUUAUGUGAUAGACCAUCACGAAGUAGCUCUGAUUGUGUGUCUAGGGUGGUUUUCCUGCUGGAAGGUCAACCUACACCCCAGUCUCAUGUCUUUUAGAGCAUCUAAUAGGUUUUCUUCCAGGACUGUCCUGUAUUUAGUUCCAUCUAUCUUUCCAUUAUCUCUGACCAGCUUCUGACCACCUCUUUUGUUAAAAUUAUUUUACAGUUACAUCACAAUUAUGCAGAAGUUUGUGUUGGUCUGUUACAUGAAACCCCCAUGAACUUUGUGUUUUUAGUGGACAAUCUGUAAAUGUUAAAGGGGUAUGAAUACUUUUACAAGACUCAGUAUGGUUCCAAAAUGUCAGAAACCAGUUGUCCUACUGGUCAGAAUAUGUCUACCUUCACAGUAGAGCUAAAGACAACAUACUGAUUUGGAAAGCUGUAGAAUGAGGCCAAAUCCUAGUUGCUGCCAGAUUUUGUUGAGAGUAAUAACUGUCCAUCCAGAACACUCUUUGAAUCAGCCAUGCCUGCUUCUUCUGGGCACUGCAUCUCUUCCAGUUGAGGAAAAUCUAAAGCACAUACAAGCUCAGUUCCUGCCAGACGGGAACUUCAACCUUUCACGGUGUGAACCCAUGGACUGCCUCACUAGAAACAUUAAUACGUUUAAGACUUAAUGCCAACUUUUUAAAGUGUUCCGUGUGUUGUUCUUCACCACACUGUCUUUUCCCUGAUUGUUGCUCAACAAGGUCUCAGGCAAACACUUCUGGCCAUCUUGGAGCCACUUUAUAUUCAGAGCUGCUGAAUUAGAGCAAACCACUUCACAGUCUUGACUUCAUGUGGGAGUUGUUUUAGGGGUCAAUAGCACACUAGAAUUGUGUUGCCAAAUACAUAGAUGUUAUUAUAAAGAGCUUUCGAGACAGUAUAAAAAUUCAUCUGGACAUGAGAAAAAUUAGUAAGAAUCAUUGCCGCACGUGGAGGAGCAGUGCCCACUAUUUCUGAGCUGCUUGAGGUGAGUGUACAGCUGUAGAUCUGAGCACACCCAAUGGCCUAAGAAACAAAGUUUCAAACACAUGCAGUGCUUUACUUCAAGCCCAAGUGACCACUGAAGCUUUCUGAUUAUCUCAUUUAGAUUUCUUUGUUGUUUAAGGCUGGGAGCUUCAUGUUUUCACAACUACAAUGCAAGUUGUCCUUUGUCAUAUAUGCAGAUAAAGUAUAUAUGAAUUAUAAAUAUAUACAAACAUAAAGCCAGUCUUACUUCAAGAUGGUGCCACUUCUUGCUGCUGUUUUUCUCUUCUUUUUUUAAAGGACUAACCUUUGUAAGUAUUUAUUUGGAUUGGGUGGUUUAAAUCUCUUAAAGUCUGUUGGGCAUGCAAAGUAGAAUGCUUCAGAUUUCCAUUUGCUUCUGCAGCUUGUCUUCAGUUUUCCUCUCUCACUUUGGUUUGCUUAGCUAGCAGACAUAAAAUAGAGGGUGCGAAUCUGUCCUAGAUUGUGACGAGUAGGAGAAUAGCACACGUAUGAAGCAAUAAGGCGGACUUUGACGCUUCAGGACAUCAAACAAAUAUAAGACAUGUAUAAACUGUAAACAAAACAAAAAAAAUUGAGAAGAAAGCAUAAUUUAUGUACAAGUUGAAAAUAAGAGUGAAUAUUAUAAGAUGUUGUUGUUAAUAUUAUUAGGGUCAAUAUGCAAAAGGUUCAUACCCCAUCUGUUUUAUAUCAUGUGAAAUAAAUGUUGAUGUUCCUAAAA